GAUAUCACGAUGCAUCUUCUUCUUCUCGCUUUCUCUCUCCCCCAAAUCCCAUUAUUAUUCCAACCUAAACCUCCAUUGAAAUAAAUAAUUUAAUUUUGAAGAAACAAAUUAACCUCUUACAGAUUCAUUACCAUACAAUCACAAUCACCUCAAUUCACCUGAUCCGUCUCUUUCACCAAUCCUUUCAUUCUCCUUCACCGAAUUUUGCACCAACCUCACUGUUCAUGGCUGGCUGACGUCGACACCUUCUUCUUCUUCUCGAUCGGCCGAUCCGAUUGUUAAAAAAUGAGGCCAUGACGGACCGGAUUGCUCUUUUUUCAUCUGUUUUGGUGAAUUAGGGUUUUGAUUUGUACAAUUGGAGUUUUGAACGAUGGAGCCUCGUGUGGGGAAUAAGUUUCGGCUAGGGCGGAAGAUCGGUAGCGGAUCAUUUGGAGAGAUCUACUUAGGUACUAAUAUUCAGACGAAUGAAGAAGUUGCUAUCAAGCUGGAAAAUAUCAAAACAAAACAUCCACAAUUGCUAUAUGAAUCAAAGCUGUACAAGAUACUACAAGGAGGAACUGGAAUCCCAAACGUGAGAUGGUUUGGUGUUGAAGGAGACUACAAUGUUCUUGUGUUGGAUUUAUUGGGACCCAGUCUCGAGGAUUUGUUUAAUUUCUGUAGCAGAAAGCUGUCGUUGAAAACCGUUCUUAUGCUUGCUGAUCAGAUGAUCAAUCGUGUUGAAUUCAUUCACUGUAAAUCAUUUCUGCAUAGGGAUAUUAAACCCGACAACUUCCUUAUGGGUUUAGGGAGGCGUGCUAACCAGGUCUAUGCUAUUGACUUUGGUCUAGCAAAGAAAUAUAGGGACUCUUCUACUCAUCAGCAUAUUCCUUACAGAGAGAACAAGAAUUUGACAGGGACAGCUAGGUAUGCCAGCAUGAAUACUCACCUUGGGAUUGAACAAAGCAGAAGAGAUGAUUUGGAAUCACUUGGAUAUGUUCUUAUGUACUUCUUAAGAGGAAGUCUCCCCUGGCAGGGACUAAAAGCUGGGAACAAGAAACAGAAGUACGAAAAAAUUAGUGAAAAAAAGGUUUCCACCUCUAUCGAGUCUUUAUGCCGGGGCUACCCUACAGAGUUUGCAUCUUACUUCCAUUAUUGCCGUUCGUUAAGAUUCGAUGAUAAGCCGGAUUAUGCUUACUUGAAGAGAAUCUUCCGUGAUCUUUUUAUUCGUGAAGGCUUUCAGUUCGAUUACAUCUUUGAUUGGACUAUUUUGAAAUAUCAGCAAUCACAGCUUGCCAAUCCUCCAUCGCGUGCUAUCGGUACUGGUGCUGGAACAAGUUCUGGUGUACCUCCUGUGGCUGCCAACCUUAGUAGGCUAUCAGCAGGUGGUGAAGAAGGUAGACCUUCUGGUUGGUCCUCUGCAAAUCCCUCCAGAACCAGAAAUACCGGGAUGCCCUUCAAUUCCGGGACCCUUUCUCGACAGAAAAAUCCCGCUUCCAGUGAUCCAUCCAUGAGCAGAGAGUUAUCGAGUAAUAUUGUAUUGCAAUCAAGUGGAUCUUCAAGGCGACCUGGUGUCUCUAGCAGUCGUGACCCAGGUGGUGAGCCCGAGUCGUCAUACGGGCGGACCACAAAUGCAAGCCCUGGUGCUCUCCAUAGGGUCACAAGCACCGGUCAAAGGAGCUCACCAGUUGUAUCCUCGGACCAGAAACGGUCAACUAACAUAAAGAACUUUGAGUCAACUCUGAAAGGUAUUGAGGGUCUGCAUCUCUAAACAAAGUGAAAAAAGAGUGUGCUUCAUUUACUCAUGUACCAUAUAAAUUUGUUUUUUUUCGAAAGUAAAGCUCUCGGCUCAUGCAAUAACAAAGAAUUCUUGAAAACACACAUGUUUUUCGGUUGUUUUGUGGAAACUGAGAUGAUAUGAUUUGAUGUGGAUAUCAACUUUGUAAUAUGGUUCAUCAACGGUUGUAUGUUUUUUAAUCUAUUGAUUCAUCAUGAGACCUUUAUUUU